CAGUAGGCGUUCUGCCGUUGGAAAUCUUCGUCGUGGUGACCGCGAGAGUUGUUCACGCUGUUGCCGAGCCGAGCUGUCCAUCGUACAGGUGGUGACGAUGACCGCUGACCCCCAGGGGGGUCCCACGGGUACUGGGCAUGGCCUCCAGCCGUCAAGAGAGCCUCCGACAGUUACGAGAUGAGAGCGGUAGUCCUUCGAGACACCGGACCUGUGCCAAUUUCGAACAAUCUUACAAAAGGUCGAUGACAAUCGGGUCGGUGGGUACGGGAGUCCGCGUGAGGGCUGUGAGCCCUCCGCCUCCGGGGGCCGGUCCCCGGUACCGCUCCCACUGCUGCUGGUCCACUGGCCUGUAUCGCAACGCUCCAUCUCCAAUCUCUCUCCUGUCCACCGUCACCACCACGUCUAUUAAUAGUCUGGAUAUAAUUAGUUGCGCAAACAAGACGGAGGACGCCGUGGCCGCUACGUCAGACCAGUCGCCGUUCGUCUCACUGCGUGGCUAUGUGCCGUACCCGGGUCCCUGCCUCCUAAACAAGCGCUGCGCCCUCGCACGAGCCCCUGAAGACCCCGCCAAAGAGGCGCCCUCCAGCACCCUGGACCGGCUGCCAAGGUUCCGCUUCGGCGGGAACCGCGCCGAGAAACGAGGGAGCGACAAGUUCCGGGAACUGACAGAACGACUGAAACGCGGCGCCACUCCGGUGCCGCCGCCGCGACGCCAUACUCGCGCGACGCCUCCUUUCGCCGCCUCCGAAAGCGUCGCUACACGCGUCGCUCCAGUACGCAGUGCUUCAUUUUCCCAAGUAGACUAUUGUCCCGACAAUAACAAGUACAUCCGCAAAACACAGGACUCCCUCAACUUCCACGGUACCAACACACUCCCACGCCCGAAAAACCUCAACACAAACGCGAACGAGUUCGUGGUAGAAAACUGCCAACAUUCCAAGGAGGUUCCCAAGCUCCAAGUGACCGCGGAGAAGACGCUAGCCCGCUCCCAAAGCAGCGCCAACAAAAACGAAAGAAGGAAAGACAAGUUGAGGAAAAGGAAAGGAAUUUACUUAUCCCAAUGGCCCACUGACUACUACCCAAACGACGAGGAUGACGUCUCAUGUAAACAUGAUUCGGACGACGUAGAUUGUGUUUGUGACAAAGGCGCUAAAAUAAUCCAAGAGUCCUUUUCGGAGCCAGCUAGUCCGGAAGAGACUAGCAUAUCUCUAGACUGGUCUAACAAAGACUCCCUCAAGGUAUCCGAAUCAAGAAGCAACAGCAUAUUCCUUUCCGAUUCCCUCUCCGAGGGCGAGCCAGACAAUGUCGACCACAACUCCGAUCAAACUUCCUUCGCAGAGGCUGGUGAGAACUUGAACGAUUCCGCGACUUUUUCGAUCCCAAGGAGGUAUUCGAAGAGGCCACUUAGAGGGCCUUACGGUCAAAUGCUGGAAGCGGAAAUGAAAAAGCCCGAAUCGAAGAAAAACAUAAGCAACUUGAAGUUUCUGGAGGACUUGCCGAAGAAUGGUGCCGUUGUGCGAGAAAGUGAGCUAAGUGGCGCGAAACUUUCGCCGAACAAAAGGAAAAUCAGUGCGGAUAAUUUGAUUGUCGAGAAAAUGGAGGAAAAACUGAUACCGAUCCAUCAACGAACCACAUCGAGUCCUUCGAAACUGGAAGGGUUCACGCAUUUGGAGCCGUCGACGGAACCAUUGCAGAAACUGCUCCGUGGCAGUUCUGAGCAACUGGUUGUAAAGGAAAAUACACAACAGUCAUUACACAAUGAUACAAGAACUCAUGUCCUCGUCGAAUUGUAUGACAAUGAAAAAAUCUACGUAGAGUCUUUAGAAAUUAUCAUUAUGAAUUAUAUGGAGCCUUUAAAGAAGACUGAAAAUACCCUGAUAGACCAAAACUUAGUAGACGAGAUAUUUUGUCAGAUACCAUUUUUGCUAAAUCAUCAUAAAAAUUUUCUGACUCAAUUGAAGACGAGACUAGAUCAGCUAGACAGCCAAGCAACCAUCGGUGAUAUAUUUCUAGAAAUGCUUACUAAUUCUGAGAUAAUCGAAAACUACGUAAAUUAUGUAAAUAAUUGGAAGCGCUCUAGAGACAUCAUAAAGAAUGCGCAAGAAUCACGGCCUAAUUUUGCUAAAUUUUUAGAGUUGGCAUCGAAAAACAACUUAAGAAAGCUAGCUCUGGACUCCCUCCUUAUAAAGCCCAUCCAAAAAUUCCCCAAAUACGAACUGCUGCUCCAGAGGCUUAUAAAAUACACCGAAGAAGACCAUCCCGAUUACAAGCUCCUCGUAAAGGCCUUGAAGGAAGUACACGAACACCUUCUCAAGAUCAACUGUACCGAAAAAGAAACUUUAGACAUCGAACAACUUAAAGAAAUCGAAGGGGUGAUCGAGGGAGCAUUGGAGCUGGUUUCGCCCGAACGGCAGUACGUCCGGUACGACAUGAUCGUGAUGAGCCACGGUGGAGGCCCUAAAAAAGACCGAGCACUCUUCCUUUUCACCGACUUGUUACUCAUCACUGGAAUCAAACGACGCAGUGGCACGAUCAACAAAAAGGUCGGUCCUAACAGCGGCACCAGUGCCAGUAACCUGGACGGGAACAAGUACAAACUCAUUAUGCAAGUUCCUCUGGAAGACGUGGACAUAAUAGGGUCGAAGGACGACAAUCUGAAGCAAGCCCAGAUCGAAGCGGACAAUUUAAACGAAGACAUCGCCGUGCUAAAUCAGAUCGUCGAACUCAGCCACAGCCUGCAUUGUAACCAUUCCAAUUUGGACGACGUAGUCAAAGAGAUGUUAAGUAACGUAACGAAAAACUUGCAGAUUCAGCAAAACAGCGACUUGCAGCUCUGCACUCUAGAACUCAGCGUUAUAACACAAGAUGGUCACGAGAUUGUGUCAAUUGUGUUCCCCACUGCUGAAAUUCGAGCAUCCUGGGAAGAAACGCUGAACGAAUGUAAAACGAAAUUAGGUGAUAGACGUUCAACUCCAGAGAUAAUUGCGACAGUGCCUGUACGUAAAACGCGAGCAGGACUGCAGUUUACUUGUGCAGCACCGACAACCAGCGAAAAUGGACGGGACAUCUGGGUAUGCAACAGCGAUGGGUACGUAGGACAAGUUUGUGUCCUAACGCUAAACGAAAAACCAGAACCGACAGUGACAUCUUGCAAUGGUGUUUGCAACACCAGGAUUCUUUGUAUCGCCUCCGUGCCAGGACCAGGACUAGAAAAACGGACGUCUUUGUUUUCAUCCAGAAAAAAGAAAGAAAAAUUGAAGCCGCAAAAGGCGCUCCAGUUCGACAGUAGUUCGUCGAGCGACGAGGAUUCCAGGGUCAACGAAGAAAAAAGGACGGAGCACGCUGAUUCCGAAUACAAUAACCUCUACCCGGAUGAACCGGACAAGCACUCCACCAUGUGGCUAGGCACUGAAGAUGGCUGCAUUUUAAUAUACAACUCCAACGAUAAUAUUCGCAUCAAAAAGAAUAAAAUCAAGCUUCAGCUGGGCUCCUCUGUAUUGUGUAUAUUGUAUCUUGAUCACAGAGUAUUCGCUUCUCAAGCAAAUGGUAUUAUUCUGAUGUACGAAAGAGAUGGCAGAGGUGGAUGGUGCACGAACAACCCUAAACAAAUCGUUCUAGGAAGCAGUACUUGCCCGGUUUCAAAAAUGGUGAUUUGUAAUGGGAGAAUUCUGUGUGCCAGCGGGAACACGAUAUUCUUUCUAAACCCUCAAACCUACGAGAAAGAAAAUUCUUUCGUGGUGGUCAGCACAGAAUCUAACAGAGUACCCCAGAACCCACCCAUCACUUGUAUGUUCGUAAACGGAAACGCCCUGUGGGUAUCUUUACAGAACUCCGCCAUAGUCAAGUGUUUCAACGCUGUCACUUUUGAGAUGGUAUUCGAAACCAGCGUGGCUUCAGCUGUUCAGAAAAUGCUAACAAGUUGUGAUGAUAUAAUUCGGCAACACAAGGCAGCUUGUUUGAGGGUAACAGCCCUGGUGCACUGCAAGGAUCUCUUGUGGAUCGGAACAUCGGCGGGAGUGCUGUUAACCAUGCCCUUACCGCACGUCACGCCGACCACAGGGAAACUAAACAGUAUUCCUCCAGUGACGGGGAUGUCACACGGGCACACAGGUCACGUCAGGAUCUUGUCUUCUGUCGAACUACCACACCCGCUGCCGAAGAAAUGCACGCCAAAAAAGUCGGCCAAAGUUAAACCCCAGGCGGAGCUGACUUCCGCAAAUUCUACCAAGUUUUUAGUGAUAUCCGGUGGAGACGGUUACGAGGAUUUCAGGACCUCGAACCUCUCCGAAGUGGCUGGUCGGGAAGACUCGACCAAUCAUCUAAUCCUUUGGAACAUUUGAUUCAUAAACAGCAGCAUCCGAUUCUAUCAACCGAUUUUCGUGAAGGAAACGUUAAUUUAGAAAAAAACGUGACAAAAAGUAUUGAUCUCAUAGAUUCUUCGUGUCUAACGUAAUUUAUAUAUCAUAACUGAUAGCUGUCAACAAUUUAAUAUUAGGCAAAGCCGAUCAGUCAAAAAAUAUCAAGGCUUUCCUUAAAGUUAUCAAAAAUAUUGUUGAUUUUUUUUUACUUUAUUAGUUCAUCACUGCUCUUCAUAGAGGGAGAGCAAAAUAUGUGCUUGUACAGGGUUAUUCAUUAUAUAUUGACCAUAAUUGUUAUAUGUAAGUGUUCGGGGAGCUACUAAUUUUAUAUAAAGGCCACUGCAACAGAUUUUUGUCGCGCCUUUGGACUAUUAUCAAUAAAUACAUAGUCAAUAACGCACCGUAUCAAUGUAAAGAAGCGCCUAAAAAUCAGAUCAAUCAGGGUUGAAUCGAUAUAUCAUACUAAGCUUCGAGAUAGACGAAGUCACUAUCAUCUCUCCUCGGGGUUUAUUUAUUUAUAAUUAAUUUUAUAAUAUAGAAAAAAAAA